ACGGGACACGCCCACGACUUAUACACCUGCCGCUAGUCCUCUUGACUCCUCAAAUUUGCCACAGCAGGUGGGCGGGGCGAAUGCAAAUCUCCCAGCACAGUCACUAGUGAUGUUGGGCGCGGUUGGUUCACAUUAAGCAGCCGGCGAGAAGAUUGACAACUAAACAGGGUGCACCGUCUAAUCUUCAUCAAAUCUCAAUAAUUACAGAACAGCUUGCAUUCAAAAGAGAACCAACCCGACCACAUACAUAGGCCUACUAGAGAUCGAAAUGUUGGACAAAACCAGCAGCCAGUUCGACUCCUUCCUGUUCUGGAGGCAGCCAAUCCCAUCGCUGGACCUGUCGGAGCUGGAAGACCUGGGCAUUUCCGCACCCAAAUCCAAGGAGAUGAAGUCCACCAAGAGCUUCCCACGACAGGACGAGGACGAAGAUCGGGAGCUGUCCAAGUUCUCCACCUUCAACUUCUGGAAGGAGCCCAUCCCCAGCAUUGACACCUUGGAUUUCAGCCUGCUGUUAUAAGACACUGCAAUGCCAUUAUUAUUUCAGGCCCAAAAUCUGUGUUUGAGGGGAUAGCUCACACAAAAAUUAAAAGCCUGUCAUCAUUUAUUCACCUUCUACUUGUACUAAACCCGUACUAAACACAAAGGAAGGUCUACUGAAGAAUGUUGAAGGAAAACAGCCGUUGCUUUCAAUAAUAUGUUUUUAUUUACUUGUUUUUAUUGAUGUCAGGGGUUUAAAACAUUCUUUAUAUUAUCUAGUUUUGUGUUCAACAGCAGAAAGGAAUUCAUAAAGGUUUAGAUCUACUUGAGUGUGAGUGAAUGGUGAGGAAAUUUUCAUUUCUGGGGUGAACUAUCCCUUUAACACCUCUGCAGUUUCACCAAUUCUCUACUAUCUACUAUCUGGUAUUGAUGAAUUGAUUCGAAAAAAUCAUGUGUUAUGCAUUUCUUGUUAAACCAUGUCAGUACAAUUGUGAUGACUAAGUUCUCUGUAAGACAACUGUCAGGGCAUCAUUGUAUUUCACCGCCUUGUCAAGUCUAACUGCUCAAUUGGUCAUGCACAUAAGGGUAAAUUGGUGGACUUCAUUUAAUUUUUUAAGAAAAGGGUUGAUUGAACGCUAAUGUUUUACUGAAAUGUUAUUAUUAUUGUCUGCCCAAUUGAUUGUAUAAUGAACACAUAGCAUAAUUUUGCUAGGUUAAAGUGGAAUCUCACUUUUAAGGUGUUUUGUAUUGAGCGGAAAUGCUAAAAUGCUAAUGCUAAUGUUUCCCCCAUUUUGUUUGACAAAUGUCAGAUGCCAACUAAAGUGAGCUUGCUGCUAAAUCAACACAAAA